AUGGGCAACCAGGAGGACGAUGGUGAUGCUGUUUUUCCUCUUUCCUUCUGGGAUGACUUACCACACACACGCGCCAUAUGCCUUAAUCUGACGUAUCGGGUCGACGGUGUGCUGGACGUGGACAAGCUGCGCGCCUCGCUCAACAGAUUGCUAGAGAUAGGCGAUUGGAAAAAACUGGGGGCACGAUUACGAAAGAAUAAAAAUGGAAAACUCGAGUACCAUGUGCCGGCAGCGUACAGCGAGGAAAGACCCGGGGUAGCGUUUACAACGGCUCAGCAUAAGAUGAAAUUCAGCGAGCAUCCAUUGGCAUCGCAGUUUCCUGUCAGCGUAGAGGAGCCAGUUCUACUUGAUGCCUUCACAGAUUUAUCGUCGCUUGUGGAUGAUACACACCCAGCAACGAAGAUAGAAGACUGGACGUCCACCGAUCGGCCGCAGCUGACGGUGCAUGUCGCGCUAUUCCCAGAUACAACGCUUCUCACAGUUACCCUUCCUCAUACAUUUGCCGACGCAAUGGGAAUCUCUACCUUCCUAAAGGCAUGGACCGCCGUUCUGCGCGGGCAGGAGGAUGAUGUACCUGUGUUGAAUGGGUUCGAUGACCCUCUCAAACCCCUGAAUGAGAAGACAGCAUCGGAGACCCUCAGCUAUGCGUCUCGUCUGCUGAGCGGGCUUCGAUUUUUCAUAUUCGUCUUCUGGUAUCUCUUCGAUCUGCUCUGGUACCGCGACGAGAUGCGUACCGUGUGCAUCCCAGAAGCGUAUGUCAACAAGAUGCGCGACGACGCACUAACGGAGCUCCAACAUUCAGAAGACCCAUUUGUCAGUCAUGGUGAUAUCUUGUUUGCCUGGUGGGCGCGGACACUCAUGAAAUCCCUACGAGUAUCGCCUGACCGGCCAGUUACCCUGUUGAACGUGUUCGAGACUCGUUCGAUAGCGCUGCAAGGCGAACAACCCGCCUGGCUUUCCAACAUGGUCUUCCCGUCCUAUACCUUUCUCCGAGCCGGUGAUUGCCUUGACCGUCCACUCAGCUAUACCGCAUCCAAGAUCCGUGCCGCUCUAGUCGCACAACGGACCAAACCGCAGUUGGAAGCAUUGAUGACACAGCAGCGUUCAACGCUUCAGCGAACAGGCAAUCCACCUGUUUUUGGGGAGCCAAAUAUGUUGCUACUCUGCUGCUCGAACUGGCAUCGUGGCCGCUUCUUCUCGGUUGAUUUCUCGGCCGCUCUCGCUAGUACGGAAGGGGAACGGGAAACUCCACGGGCGCCAACGCAGAUCCUCUGCACUGGACAUGCAAAUGGUCUCUCAAUACGCAAUGCGGGGCCUAUCAUUGGUCAGGAUGGGAAUGGGAACUGGUGGAUGUCAUUCACAGUGAGGAAAAGCGCAUGGGGUGGCGUUCAGAAGGAACUGGAUCAAUUGAAGCAUGAUUGGAGCAAGAAUCGUUGA